AAUUUUAGUUGUCGGUCUGUUUAGUGUUUAGUGUUGUGGAGUUUAGACUGCGCUUAGUGCGUUGAGCGUCGUGUAUAAGCGUACUUUAUUUUUAAGUUACUCUUUACUUCUAACAUGUGCAAAGAUAAAUAAGAUUAAAAAUUCGAAGAAUGUGCUCAUAGUGUUGUGUUAAUUAAGUUAAACUAUCGAUAUGGGUUCAAAAAUUGAAUACGUGGAUUCGUCACAUUUGUACGCCACAAAUUACGUUCGUAAUUCGAAAGCUAUAGGUGUGCUUUGGGCAAUAUUCACGAUUUGCUAUGCGAUUAUCAGCGUUGUGGCAUUCGUGACGCCAGAAUGGAUUGGCGAUCUUGAGACUGAAUACCCUAGAAAGUUUGGAUUGUGGCAGAUUUGUAGAACAGACGAGGUCAGCGAGGAUUGUAAAGGGAGGCUGGACGAAUUUAUAUCAAUAAAUGGAUUUGUUUUCAAAGUGACUACAGUGCUAGUGGCAGUAGCGGUAGCACUCGCUUUGUUUACAAUUUGUUCGUUGCUCCUGUUUUUCUUUUGUCAAUCAACCACCGUCUUUCACAUUUGCGGCUGGUUACAGUUGUUAUCAGCGCUAUGUAUGGUUGGCGGUGUGGCUGUGUACCCUGCCGGGUGGAAUGAAGCAGUGGUUCAGGAGACUUGUGGACCCACUGCUGACCAGUACAAUAUUGGUCGCUGCCAUAUCCGAUGGGCGUAUAUCCUUGCGAUAAUCGGCUGCCUUGACGGAAUUGUACUCGCUGCUCUGGCCUUCAUACUUGCCACCAAACAUGUACGACUGCAACCUGAUACCAGCUACCCAUCGCCUUCACUGUAUAAAGGCGAAGUAAAUAACGCAUAUGUGACUGACGCGACAUCUAUGGCUGGUUCGCGCAAAUCACUAGCGCUGCAACCGGUGUUGAUAAUGCACCCUCAUGCGCCACUAGAUGUCGACACAUACUCACAUUAUUCGGGACGGACUGCUCGCUCAAAACACGGAAUGUAUGCGAACUCUAUGCAUAAUUAUUAAUUUUGAAGACUUGCCGUUGUAUAAAAUAUUCUUUAUAAGUAAAUAUUAAAUGUUACAUUAAUAACUUUGGAGCUUACUUCUUCUUCCUAUUUAAAAUUUCUUGUUCUAAUAGAAAAAUUGUCAUUUUUGUUACAAGAAACUAAAAAUGCCCCAUCCCUGCCUAUAUAGAAUUAUACUUGGGGUUGGCACAAGCUGAAAAUGUUAUGAAAUAUUUAUGGUUUUACAUAAUAACUUUAAAUAAGUUUUUUUAUCUUAGUUUGAAAUGGAAUAGUUAUUUAUCAGUCUGUUGUUCAGUUUUAAUUUUUAUUCAAAAUUAAAAUCCUGAAACGAUUGUUUUAUAUUAUGUGUAAUUAAAUGUAAUUAACAAGUAAAGAUUAUUAUUGUUGUAAUAUAGAUUUAUUCAUGUAAAUAACUUAAAACAGAAUAUAAAUUAAAUGUUCUUAGAAGUAAAUGUAAACACCAUAGUUAGUACAAAAAUACUUUUUUGUCUAUUUUAGUUUAGCAACGAUUGUAAUAGUGGCUUAAGUAAAUAUAGUUUUCAGUACAAA